UGGGUUGUUCAGUCACAAGCUCUAUCUGUGACCCCCACGUUCUCCUUCUGUCUCUCCUCCCUGCUGGAUUGUUUUGGGGUCCCCCCAGCUAGGUGCCCCCCCAUUCGCGCUCGACACCCCCAGCCCUGACCAUGACCCUGCUGGCCUCCGAGCGCUCCAUGCUGAUCCGCAGCAAGUUCCGAUCCGGUGAGUGGGGCCGGGAAAUGGGGCUCCCAGCUUCCCUGUCCUGCAUGCCUGGGUCCCCAAGGCCUCAUUCUGGCCCACCUGAGGUCCCGCCUCUGCCCGGAUGCCUGGGGGGAUUCCUGGGGGGAGGGGCUGGUGGUCCCAUACCCCCUGACUGUGUUCUCCCCCCCCCCCCAGUGCUGCAGCUGAGGAUGCAGCAUCGCAGAUCCCAGGAGCAGCAUCUCCUGACACCUGUGACCAAGCCUUCCCCGACCUACCUGGAGGUGAACGGGACCCCAGAGCAGAGCCGGGCCAACGAGACCCUGAAGGUGAAGGUUCAGACGAGAACCCACAAACUAGGAGCUGCCAAGGGCCAGUUCACAGAAGAGUCUGGGGGGGACCCCUCAGAGUGGAAGGAGAAGACAACGCGUCUGGCCGAGGAUCUGAAGGAGAAACUCCUGCAACGGCCGGGGCCGCUGGAGCUCGUGACGAAAAACAUCCUUUCCCUGGACGCCAGCCUCAAAGAUGCUGUGAAAGCUGAUCCAGCCCCUGCUGCCCCUGGGACCUUCCUAUUAGAUGAGGAUCUCAGCAGCUCUUCAUCGUCCUCCUCCUCUUCCCCGUGCUUCACCCCCUGUCUGGGGGGGCCCCCCGGCAACCCAUCCCCCCCCUCGGCCUCAGGGGCCGCUGACCAGCCGGAGCUGCUGUCAAUCCUGGAGUCCCUGCCCCCCUCGGCGCCUGCCCCGGACCCCAAUUCCCAGCUUCCUGCGGGCAGUCCCCCGCCUAAGCCCCCGGCCUCGCUGCCCAAGGCCCCCCCACGCCCCAAGAAGGCGAAGGACCCCAAGCCCAAGGUGAGGAAGUUGAAGUACCAUCAGUACGUGCCCCCCGCGGCCCGGCCCCCCCGGGCCCCAGCCCCCCUGGACGCUGCCUACGCCCGCCUGCUCCAGCAGCAGCAGCUCUUCCUCCAGCUCCAGAUCCUGCAGCAACAGCAGCCGCCGGCCCCCCCGGGACCUCCCACAGCGCUGUGUGUGCCCGCCCUGCACCCCCUGAGUGCCAGUAUUUCCCCAGAUCCGGUGAUCAGCUUUGCAGCCCCCCAAAUCACCCUGGCAGCCCCCCCCACACCACCCACCCCUCCUGUGCCCCCCAAGCCUGAGCUGCUGCCUGCCAACCUGGAUGACCUGACAAGGAUUGGAGGGGUUCCCUCCUCUGCCAAGAAGACAUUCUUGGGGGGGUGGAACGGGGGCAUCCGUCUGUCCCCCCCCACUGACACCCCCUUCACCCCACAGGUGUCAGAGCUCCGCCAGCAGCUGCGCCAGCGCGGGCUGCCGGUGUCGGGCACCAAGCCGGCCCUGCUGGAGCGGCUGAAGCCCUUCCAGGUGCGGGGGGCCCCGGGACCGCCCCCCCCGGCCCUGCCCCCCGCCGACCGGGCGCUGAGGGAGAAGCAGCGGCUCAUUGACAGCCUGACCUGGGAGCUGCGGCGGGAGCAGCAGGAGGCCGACGACCUGCGGGAGGAGCUGCAGCUGCAACAGUGCCGGCGAGGCCGCCCAGAGGGCGAGCCCCUGCCCCCCUCGCCCCUGGCCAGCCACGGCCUCCACCCCUCCGCCGGGGAGACCCCCGAGGGCACGGCCCCUGGGAGAGAGGGCUUCCUGUUUUUCUGUCCCCCUUCCUGUGAGCCAAUCGGGGAGGACCUAGAACUGCCCCUGCAGAUCACGGCCAGCCCAGCCCCGGCCUCCCGCUCCCUGGAGGAGGAGCUGCAGGAGGCCAUCCAGAAAGCCCAGCUGGUCCCAAGUCAGUCAAUCGAAGACAUCCUGGAGGAGCCGCUGGGGUGUGCAGGUGACCUGCUCCCCACGGAUGCCCCCUUGCUGCUCCCCACGGAGCCACGCCGGCCCCCCUCGCCCCUCAGCCAGCAGGGGGCGCCCUGCAAGAAGCCCCGUCGCAGCCCGUCGGCAGCGGCCAUCUUAGAUUUCCCCGGCCACUACGACUUCCUCACCCCUCCCUCCUCCUCCUCCUCGUCCCCCUCAGACUCCCUGCGCAGGGUCUUCUCCCCGGAGCCCCCGGAGGGGCCCCCAUCGCCCGGCCCCCGGCCCGCGUUUGACCCCGUCGACUGGCUGGAGGCCUUGACGGCCGGCCCGGCCUCGGGGCUGGGGCCCGGCGCCCCUGGCGGCAGCAGCAUCUUCUCCACUGACUUCUUUGACUCGCCCGAACUGAGCGUCAACCACAUGAUUGACCUGAUGGUGGAGCAGUGGUAGGGGGUGCGGGUCCCCUGGCCCGGCCAUGGGGAGCCCCCCACCGCCACCCCAGAGAGGCCAACCAAUCACACCAAUGCGGACGCCAUCUUGGAUGGGUGACGUCAACUCCGGGCACCAUCUUGGAUGACGGACCCAUUGUUCGGAGUGAUGUCAAUCUGGGCGCCAUGUUGGAUGGGUGGAACCAUUGUUCAGGGUGACAUCAACUUCAGGUGCCAUCUUGGAUGGGUAGAAGCAUUAUUCUCAGUGACGUCAGCUCCCGGCACCAUCUUGGAUAGGUGAAACCCUGGUUUGGCGUGACCUCAAUUGCAGGUUUCAUCUUGGAUGUUUGGAACCAUUACUCCGGGUGACAUCAACUCUGGGUGCCAUCUUGGAUGGAUGAAACCAUUGUUUGCAGUGACAUCAACUCUAGGUGCCAUUUUGGAUAGAUGAUAUCAAUUCCAGAUGCCAUCUUGGAUGGGUGAAACCAUUGUUUGGGGUUGACAUCAGCUCAGGAUGCCACCAUUGAUUGGUGAAGCCAACUGGAUGCUAUGUUGGAUGGAUGAAACCAUUGCUUGGGGAUGAUGCCAACUCCAGACACCAUCUUGGAUGGGUGAAACCAUUUUACUGGGUGACGUCAACACUGGAUGCCAUCUUGGAUGGAUUAAACCAUUGCUGUUUUGGUUGUCAGCCCCAAGGGGCAUCUUGGAAGGAUCAAACUGUUGGUGUUCAGAGUGAUACGGUGGGUGGCUGCCAUCUUAUGUAAGUCAUAUCAUAAGUGUUCAGGGUCACAUCAGCUCCAGCUGCCAUGUUGAAUGGGUUAAGCCAUUGUUUGGGGGUGAUGCCAGCUUCCACCACCAUCUUAAAUGGAUCAGACCACGGGUGUUUGAGUCACGUCAGCUCCAAGUGCCAUCUUGGAUUGGUCCAGUCAUUGGUGCUUGGGGUGAUGCCAAGUCCAAAUGCCCUCUAUUUAGGCCGUACCAUUUAAUUGGACCUAAGUGUUCCAUUGACAGGUGGAAGGCAACUCCACCUGUGGGAUGCCAUCUUGUUUGGGACAUACCACCUUUGACUCCAGUGUCUUACUGACCAGAGGGGAGGCUGUGGAAACCAUCUUUGUUUGGAUUGUACCAUCUUUGGACCUAGCUGGGUUGGGAGUGGAGUGGCCAACUCUAGACACCAUCUUGGACGGAUCGUACCAUUUUUUUUUAACCUCUUGUUUUACUGGCAGACGGGGGUGGGGAAAUGGUGACUGUAGAUGCCAUCUUGGUUGGACUGUACCAUCUCUGAGCCUAGUGUUCUAUUGGGGGCUACCCCACUCCCGCUGCCCCCCCCAGCCCUUUUCACUCUCCCCCACUGGGACCGGGUCCUCCCCUCCCAGAGCCAUUCACUCCCUCCUCCCCCCCAGGCUGGCCCCCAGCUCCUGGCCCCCUCCCAUUUACACCCCAUCCCCCCCAUCCCCGCUCAUCACUGUGCCCUGCCUGAUAAUUAAGGGGCGGGGGGUCUCCGACCACUGGUGAGGGGGCAGCUCCCUAAGGGGGCUGAACUAGCGGGGGAG